CUCGCGGUUUACUCUCAUUCGCCGCGGUUUUUAGUGGAGAUGUCUGGAAACACAUUACUGCAUGGACUGGUUCUCUUAUAUUCAAUUCACCCGCUCGCGCUCGCCGAAAAACCGGAUGAUGGUUGUGGUCAUUAUGUCCUUGGCCAAGAGAGUGGUGUCCUGUCCUCCAAGAACUACCCAGGAACUUACCCCAACAACUCCUGGUGUGAAUGGCGAAUCCGUGUACCCAUUGGCCACACUAUUGUCCUCAAGUUUGGAGACCUGAACAUGGAGAAGAAGGACUGUGAGUCUGACUAUUUGAAGGUUCUGAAAGGAUCGUAUGGGGCAGAAAUGGUUUCCUGGGAGUACUGUGGUGGUCUGAUGCCCAAGCCUGCACCGAUUAACACGGACUCCAGCGAACUGACCGUCCGCUUUCGUAGCAGCCAGCACAUCUCUGGAAGAGGAUUCCUGCUUUCAUACUCCACAGAAAACCACAAAGAGCUGCUGACAUGCUUGGACAGAGGCAGUCAUUUCCCGGUGUCAAAGUACAGGAAGUACUGUCCGGCCGGAUGUGCAGCGGUGACGGGAGACGUGUCUGGGGACAUUUCCCUGGGCUACAGACAUACAUCAGUUUUGUGUAAAUCAGCGGUGCAUGCUGGGGUCAUCACGGACCAGUUUGGAGGACCAAUCACAGUUGAGGAGCGCCGAGGGCUCAGUCGCUACCCUGCGGUCAGAGCCAAUGGCAUCCAGUCAAAAGAUGGCUCGUUGUCUGAAACCCUCUUCACAUUUGUGACAAACGAUUGCAGUCAACAGACUGUUCUUCAACCUGUGAGCACUACUACAAGCUUGUCAUCACACAGUAUCUCUUCUGACGGGUCUGAAGUCGACUGGUUUCCUAACAGCACCCAACCGGGUGUCUCUGAUGACCUUAACAAUAACCAUCCAAAAUGGCUCCAGAUUGACCUCAGAGAAAAGAGGAGGAUCACGGGUAUUCUGACCACAGGCUUGACCAUUGCAGGCUUCGGAUAUUUUGUAAAAAACUACAAGAUCGAGUACAAAGAGAGGAGUCGUUGGCGACUUUUUGUCCAGUAUAAUAACUCUGAUGAUAUGAUCUUUGAAGGAAAUACUGGCAGCCUCCACCAAACACGCAACACCUUCCAUCCCUCCAUCGUAGCACGAAGCAUUCGAAUCGUACCUCAACAGUGGCACAGGACAAUCGCUAUGAGAGUGCAGCUACUGGGCUGUCCUUAUGUUAAACCCAUCCCAGUGAAUUCAUCGUCUCCGGUGACACAGGAGGCCCAGCCUACACAGCCCAUUCACGAUGACAUGACCAAACCAGUGGCCUCUCAGGCUGAUCUUGUUACUCUGGUCGUAAUAAUUGUGCCCACCAUUCUGCUUGUGGUCUUGCUUCUGGUGGGAAUCUGCGUGGUUAAAAUGCUAUACAAAAUGGAGCGAUUGAGGGCUCUGGGGGAUAAAGGAGAGUUGAGGGUCAAAGCUGAGUACCAGCAGCCUCUCAUGCUUGGCACAGACACUGUGUCCCGAAAAGGCUCGACGUUCAGACCCAUGGACACCGAGGCCAAAGACAAGGACAUCGAGGCAACUUCUCACUACGACCACCUGCAGACAGGCAUCCAGUAUGCCCUACCACUGACCAAUCAGGAGCCAGAAUACGCCACACCCAUCAUCGAGCGCCACACCUUCCGCAAAGAUCCUUUCCUUCCGGAUCCCAGCUACAGCAUCCCAGGCGUUGUACUAAACAAAAGCCCGUCGUUUCGAGCGGUGGAGGGCAGUAACUGUAGGAAAGUGAUCGGAGGGCUGGCCGGGGGCUACCAGGCGCCCCACGUCAAAACAGACAGGGGGAAUUACCCAGAAGACAUCUACGACAGCCCUAAAAUCCAGAAGCCCGUCAUGCAGAACGGGAAUUGUUCGGAAUACCAGAGACCCCAGAUUAAAUCCCAGGUUCAAGAGUGCUAUUCCACUCCCAGAGACUGCGUCAGACUGCCUUUCUCCGGACUCAGGCCAGACCCAGAGGGCAGAAGCUCAGAAGGAAGCUAAGAAGAACCAUACUGUGAUGUUUUCUGAUUUACCUGACUGAACAAAAUCACCUCCAGACUCUACUUAACUUAUUUGUGCAUGAGGGACAACUUGUUUUUGCAUUUUUGCGGAGGCCGUAACUGAUGCGAUCAGUUUGUGUAAUUUAACAAUUUUUUUGUAUAUACGAUGUACUUUGUCUUGAUGAAUCGAGAUUUCUUAAAAAUGUUCCUGUUUGUUGAAAUUUUGUUUUAAAUCAAAUGCAAUAUGCAGAAAUUUGAAGGGGACAAAUGCGUUCAUUCCCUAAUCAGGGACACAAACUGUGAAUGCGAGCCAGAUUUUCAUGUGUUCUACAAUGUGACCAUCAUCUCGAUCUUCUCAGACUCUGCUUCAAAUAUCCUUAAAAGGACAAUUUCACUGAUUUUCAACCAUCUUUGCAUUGUUAAAAUGCAAAUUGGUUAUGUAAAUGUUCAAUGUAUACUCUUUGUCCAUGUUACUUCCCUACUGGUGUAACGCAAGUUCCUGAGCAGUUACUUUGAUCCGUCUCCUAAAAGGUGACCUAGAGCCAUUCCACGUUCAUGUCUCUUCACCAAUCAAAACACAUGCAAUUAAUUAAAAACACUUUUUAAGUAGCCUAACACAUCUAAACUGGAAGCAAGCUGUGUGUCGAUGCAACAAAAUUAGCUUAAUUCCAUAAUGUAAGCAAAAUGAUGAUCUGGUUUGACGUGCUGCUCUUUUCCAAGUGUAAAUUGGGUGUAAGGGUCGUACGCUUAUGUUAGAUUCAGCCGUUUUGGAUAAUUUUUCAUCUCUCAUUCUGCUGUAUGCAAUUGCAUUGUUGAAUCUCAAAGGUUUUGAUGUUUCUUCCAUGCCGAGUAUUGUUAUGUUCACUGUGUUUUGGACUCCCCUUGUUCCAUGUGAAAACUGGCUGUUUAAAGCAAUAACAGACUAAAAUUGCUUAUUUCAUACUGUCUUUAUUUGGAUUGUCUAUAGGAGUAUACAGUUAAAAUGUCAUUUUUGAAAUGUCAACAUUUCUUCUGUGUGUUCCACAAAAGAGAUAAAGUCGUACUGGAUUGGAGUAUAUGAUGGAGGUAUUUAGGUAUUUUAGUUUUCAGGUAGGCUAUCCCUUUAAGCAUCAGGAAGACCUGUGAGUUGCUGCUGUUUAAGGGACAAUCCCUGUUAAAAGAUUACCGACAGGUCUUCAUUUCUGUGAAAUGUUUUGGGGGAUGUGCUGUGCUCGGGGACCGAUGGUUAAUGUUUGAUAUGCCCAUGAGGAUCUGGUCAUGCUGGUGUGUUUUAGUGCUUUGCCACGGAGAAUCUCAGUGCUGUGUUUGUGCUUGUCCAAACCCUGAUUAAAAGCACCAGUAGUUCAACAUGUCCUGUGAUGGGUGCUUUGCUAAAAAAAAAAAAAAAAUGCAAAUGUCUUUUAAAAAUGUGAGGAAUCGGCAUGAUUACUAAGUAUUUGGUGAAAGCAGGAUGUCACACAUGAGGUGUCCCUGUGGGAAAGUCAUCAGGAAUGUAAAGUUGGAGUGUUAGUUGUGGGGCAGCAGCUGAUGGUGACCCUGCUGUUUAAAUCUACCGUUCAGGGGUCGUGCAUCACAUUUCACACCCAAAGUAUGUACCAUUAAA